AUGAUGAUGAGCCGAUGCGACGCCGAGGAAGAUCCAUCACAAACGAAGAAACGGAAGCAGUCUCCGAGUAGUGGGCUGCCGGAAGAGAUGGUUCUAAGUUGCCUGGCCCGCGUUUCGAGAUCGGAACACGCUUCCUUAUCUCUCGUAUCCAAGCGGCACCGAUCUCUAUUGACGACCCCUGAGUUGUACAAAUUCCGAACCCUUUUGGGAUGCACAGAAAACCUCAUUCAUCUAUGCUUACGCAUCCCUCCAGAUCCAAACCCAGGCUGGUUCACCCUCUCCCUAAAACCCCUUGAUCGGCGACUGGUCCCAGUGCGGUCUUACUUCUACCAGCCUCUGGACGCAGCUUCCAUGGUGGCCCAUGGUUGCGGGAUCUACGUCAUGGGUGGAAGGAUAGGCGGAAGAGCCUCGUCCAGUGUCAUGUUCCUGGAUUGUCGAUCUCACACGUGGAGCACUCUCCCCUCCAUGGGGGUGCCUCGAUAUUCAGCUGCGUCUGGUGUGGUGGACGGGAAGAUAUACAUACUUGGAGGGUGUGAUGACCGUAACUCCAGCAGGUGGGGAGAGGUUUUCGACCCAAAGAAGCAGACUUGGGAUGCCCUGCCGAUUCCCCCGCCUAAUUGUAGUCGUCCCUCAAUGUGGGAAAGCAUAGUGAUAAAAGAGGACAAGGAGGAAAAGUUGGUUGCUAUCAAUGGUGCAGGGGCAUGUGUAUCCUACAUACCAAGUGAAAGCAAAUGGAAAAAAGGGAAUAAGAAAACUUCCCAAGUUUAUAAGGGUUGGCACGUGAUAGAUAAUAUCGUGUAUUGCAGUGCCUUAGGUGGGCGGAUAUUGUGGUGUGAGGCACAUGAAUGGGAGAGGCCCGUAACCACCCAUGUGAUGGAGUGGAGAGAGGUGAUGGGCUUGGAGUCUCUCAGGGAAACUCUCGCUGCCUCCAAGCUCGUCAACUAUGGUGGACGCUUGGGGGAUCUCUGGGAGUCCAACAAACCGCUGAUGCAAGCUGCAGGAUUUGAGAUAACUGAACUCGAUGAAAAAUUUCCCGGGCACAAACUGAGCAACUCUGGUCCCAACAUGUUGAUCUUCUGGGACGUGCUUGCUCCUCGUAAGUUAGAGAUUUGGUGUGCGGAGGUCUGUUUGGAGAGACACAAGGACACAUGCCAGAUUAGAGGAAACAUUUUGUGGUCCGAACCUGUCAUGACACUGGAUCCUCCUCCUCCACAUCAGCUUCACUGUCACAUUUUGUAUACUUCACCUCUCAACCUCUGA